GCAAAAGAGAAUGAAAGAAGUAGAUAACCUUGAAAGUAUAAAAGAAGAAUGGGUUUGUGAAACAGGAUCUGACAAUCAACCUCUUAAUGAUAAUCGACAAACAAAUUGUGAAUAUUUUGUUGAUAGCCUUUUUGAGGAAGCUCAGAAGGUUGGUGCAAAAUGUGUAUCCCCCACUGAACAGAAGAAACAGGUAGAUGUAAGUAUAAAAUUAUGGAAAAAUGGAUUCACGGUUAAUGAUGAUUUCAGAAGUUACUCUGAUGGUGCAAGUCAGCAGUUUCUGAACUCCAUCAAAAAGGGGGAGUUACCUUCAGAAUUACAGGGUAUUUUUGAUAAAGAGGAGGUGGAUGUUAAAGUUGAAGAUAAGAAAAAUGAAGUAUGUAUGUCUGCAAAGCCUGUGUUCCAGCCCUUCUCAGGACAGGGUUACAGACUGGGAAGUGCCACACCAAAAAUCGUUUCUAAAGCAAAGAGUAUUGAAGUUGAAAAUAAAAGUAAUUUGUCUGCUGUUCCACUAAAUAACUUGGAACCCAUCACUAAUAUACAGAUCUGGUUAGCCAAUGGGAAAAGGAUUGUCCAGAAAUUUAACAUUUCUCAAAGGGUAAGCCACAUCAAAGACUUCAUCGAAAAAUACCAAGGAUCUCAACGAAGUCCUCCCUUUUUCCUGGCAACAGCUCUUCCUUUUCUCAAAUUACUAGAUGAAACACUCACACUGGAAGAAGCAGAUUUACAGAAUGCUGUAAUCAUUCAGAGACUCCAAAAAACUGCUGAACCAUUUAGAGAACUUUCAUAGCAUUAGUUUUUGAUAGACUAAGUGGAAAAUUUGCAGAGAAGUGAUGUUUGAAAGUGGACAUGCAAACCAAAAUGGAGAGAAGUCAUAUUCGCUGGACUUGUAGUUCGAGUAUUAUUUAACUCUCCCAAUGAUUUUUAAAUAAGUACACAGUAGGAAAGUAACAUAUGACUGGAAACUAUAUUUGAUGCACUUUUGAAUAUACUUAUUGUCAAAUACUGAUUAAUCAACAUAUUUUAUGCAUUUUGGGGGGGGCAGUGGGAGCUGGCCUACACAGGGAUCGGAAACUUCAACAGUGUUUUAACACCAUGCUGUAACCAACUGAGCUAAAUGGCCAGCCCCCCAAAAAGAUAUUUUAAAUAGCUGUAUCAUUUUGAAUCUUAAUAUGGUAUAAAUUAGCAAAUAUGUUUACAGCAUCAGUCAUUCAAACAUUAUUCCUAAACAGUAGGGAUUUAUUUAAAUGUUAUUUGUCUCAGAGUUUUUAAAUGGCAAUAUGUUAAAAAAAACCAUACAUGGCAGGUUAAAAGCAUCAGUGUAAUAAUUUUAUAAUUCAGAUAUAAUCAAAAGGCUGGAAGGACCUGUUUUCACCACGGCUAUGCCUGAACCUCAAAGUGUUCUCAGUUUUCAUUCUGUAAUGGCAAGAUAUAUUCAAAUAUCAUUUGGGAAACAGUAUCUAAGAUGUAUUUUCUUUUAAGAAUAAAAUUGUGUAGCUUAGUGUAAUGUCAGUAUUAAUGACAUUUCUAUACUUUCAAAAAAUGUAAUUUUAAAGAAAAAUUUUCUGUCCAGGAACCCCAGUUUAUCUCCUUUCUAUAAUUUCUUUCAAAUAUUAGGGAUUUUUUUUUUUAGCUAACAUUUGGGAUUAGCCAUUCAUUUGCCACCACUCACUUAGAAUCUAAUGCCUGUGUUGUCACUUUACUAAUUAAUGAAUAUUUUUUAAAUGCUCCUCGUUAAAGUAUGGUUUUCCAUUUCAUA